GGGGGAGUGCGUGAGUUGGCCUGCAAGUGCGAGUGGUGAAUGACUUUGUGCCUCGGAGAUGCGCGUGGGGGUACUACCUUUCAGAAGAUCUGAUUGCAAGAAGAGGUCAGCUACUUUUGGAAACCGCUGAGUUGGUGCUGCAGUAACCCUGAUGUCCACAUUUUCUGAAUGAAAACUAAGAAUGACUUGUCCUUUUUAAAAUGUAUAUAUAAUAAGUGUACCCAAAAAGCAUGGAAGGUGGAGAGAAUCUAGAAAUUGUGAAAAAAAAAUUGCCCAUGUCUCUCACUUCCUCAAAACCCAGAAAUAAAUUAUAGUGGAAGAAAUGAUUGAACCCAACCGAGGAAGGGAGCAAAGUUUAGAAAAAUAGGCGACCACUUGUUGACAAAUUUCCCGUCACUGUUUUUGAUUCUUGGGAGUUCACUUGAUUGUGUUGAGAUCUCUUAUCCUAGAUGUGGGAUCUCUCAAUCUCCUAAUUCUUCUUUCGGGUCCUGGCCCAGCAGAUCUGAAUUUUCCAUAUUUUCUAUUCACUGACGAUGAUCUAAGCUUCUUCAAUGACAGUACUGAAAUAACCAGUUCGCUGUUUGAGCCCCGCGAGGCGUUCUUUUUUCUAUUCUGCUCAUGAGCUUCUUCUGGUUUUUGUUUGGUUCUUUUGUACUGCGGGAAUUCUUAUGGAGCUUGUUGGGUUUCUGGGUUGUGGUAAAUUGCUGGAGUUUUUGGUGAAUCGAUGGAGGGGUUCUGAAAGGGCAUAGCGGAGGAUACGCAUAGAAAACAGGGGGAAAAUAAAGGGACAGCCUGAUGCAAGAAGCUCCCGAGUAUGCAGAGACCGUGGAAGGGGUGGACCACAAUGGGUCUUUAGUGCACAGCCAUGUAAUGGUCCAUUUAAUAGCCAUUUUAUUUUGUGUUUCUUUAUUUUAGAAAACGGAGAGAAAAUAAAGGGGCAGUCUGGUGCAUGAAGCUUCCGCAUAUAAGGGAUCCAGGGAAGGGGGGAAAAUAAAGGGGCAGUCCGUGCACGAAAUGGCUCUACUCAACAGCCGCUCACAAGCAAGGUAUGGGGGCUGAAGUGCAUUGUAAAGCAUUCUUACCUGGAUAUUACUCCAUGAUGGAUCUAAAUAUGGAUGGCAGUAAUGGUGGCUGGCCUUUCUAUCAUGAUGACAGAACCUUGAAAGGUGGGCAACCAUACAAUGUAUUUUUGCCAAGGCCAACCAUGGAUGGAUGUUUGGGAUAUGAGAAGGAAUUGUUGAGGCAAACUAUUAUGAAGCAUGAGUCCACAUUCAGGAAUCAGCUCCAUGAACUCCACCGUCUUUAUAAAAUACAGCAGCACUUGAUGAAGGAAAUAAGAAAGCAAGAACAACACAAAUCAAAAGCAGAGACACUGCAAUCAAGUCUCUUUUCAUCUUGUAUUCCUUGUGAAGAUGCCAAGAGGACAUGGCACACCCGUAAUUUAUCCUUGGCAGAUUCUGCUUGUGGUAGGUUAUCUUCAUCUGGUGCUGACAGUAUCCAAUCUCAUCUUAGUUCAUUAAAAGGGAAGAUCGUUGAAUCUGGUCCUAUUAGUGUGCAAAAUGGAUCAAGUUCAAAGAAAUGCGAAACUGCUGAGACAAGAUGCAAGAGGUUAACAGGAAGAUUUUUUGACCUUGAACUUCCAGCUUUUGAAUAUAUAGGUAAUGAAGCACAGCUAGAAGAAAAAGUUUCUGGAGUCCCAGGGAUGGAGAACCAUCCUCUUAACAGAGAUUGCCAGGCUAAUGGUGAGAGAGGUAUACUUUCAUCCCCUAGAAGUGGUGUGACUUCAGGUUGUAAUGGUGAUGCUGUCAGAUCUAGUUUCCAGCUCAAGAAAACCCAAGAUUUGGUCGACUUGAAUGAACCAGUCAUGGUUAAGGAAGCAUCUGCUUCAGCCUCUGUUGAACUAGGCAGUAUCACCUGCUCCGGUGAGGAGUUCCAAAGGCAGGAUCUGUCUGUGAAUUCAAACUUGGGCAUCCAAUGUUUUGCCAAGGAAUUCUCUCAACAUUACCUCAAAAGAAGGGAUGGAAGAGAAGGGCUUGAUAAUCUACAAAUUGAGAAAGAAAGAAACCAAAAAUUGUCUUAUAAUUUUGAAGCUGAACAAGCAAAAAACGACAAGAACUCUUCUCACAAAGGCUUUUGUUUAGGAGAUGUACCUAACCCAUGUAAACCAUUGCAAGAUGAGCCUACGAAAGCUUAUCAGAUUUCAAGAUUGUUUCCAUCUGAUCAGAGUAAGCCAGAACUGCAUAGAAAAAGGACUAUUUUUGGUGUAGAAAUCUCUGAAAGAGUUGAGGCUUCCUGUACACCCAGUCUGCAGCCAGUUGUUUCUCAAUCCAAUGAAGCUAACUCUGAGUCAUCUUCUGUUUUGUCUUGGAGAAAGAUACCAAGCAACUUCUGCACGGACAUGGUUUCAGUUCAAGAACAUUCUUGUUCCUACAAUUCUGCCCCACGAAAUAAAAGUUUUAUAGCAUGGACUCAAAAUCCUGGGGUUAUUGGUGAUAGGUUUCAUGUUAAUGGCAUCUUGAGAACAAUACCAACUUUCUCAGCUGGAGUAUCCAAUGAAAACGGUCCUUGUGGAUUGCAGUCACUGUCCAAGGAAAUGCAGGUACAUUGCCCAUCAGUUGGAUAUGAUUUUUCAAAUGGCAUCAGCAACAACAAUUCAGCUUCUGAACAAUUUGCACGUGUUCCAUUGCCAUAUGUCAAAGGUUCAGGCAGCAUUGAUGUCAAGCCUGCCAUGGAUGUUGCACCUGGCAACAAAUACAAAGUCAUUUCUCCUCAAGAUUCUAUGUUUACAAAUCAGCAAUAUAAGCAGAAAAACCCAAGUACAGAAUUGCAUUGGCUGGGAGGGAUGUCACUCGGUACUGUUGAAUCUUUCAAGCCAAGUGAUGAUUCUUAUCAGAUGACAUUGGAUUCCCUAAAAAACCACUCACUGCAGGUUGCCAGCAAAACUGAAAUCAGAAAUGGUCCUGCUCAAAAUUUGGUUCAAGAUUUCACAUUGACAGCACGACCCUCUGAUGUUGGAUGCUACAUGAAUGAAGCAAGCGACUACCUUGGGGAUCAAAAGAUUCUUGGGGUUCCCAUUUUUGCCAAAUCUCAUGUGGUCAAGGAUCCUUUUUCUGCGAGCUCCCCUCUGCCUUCUGCAAUUGAUGGUGUUAAUUCUAGGAAAAUUGGUUUACUUAAUAACUCUUUUUGCAAUCCUAAAUCUGAGGAGCAGCUCGGAGUGAAGAGCCUGGCUGUAGAGGUGAGACAGACUGAUGCUGUUGCCAGUUGCAGACAUUAUAUUGAUUUGAAUUUAUGUUUUAUUGACGAAGAGACCCCGUCAGCACACUCCUGUCCAAGUAUCCCUGCAAAGAUUGCAGCAGAGAUAGAUUUGGAGGCUCCAGUAGUCCUUGAAACCGAAGAAGGCAUUCCUUCAAGAGGAGAAUCCAUGGAGAGCCAAAUUAAGAAGCCUUUCGAAUUGUCAGAAAGAGAAUCUGGAGUGCGUCAUGAAGGAAGUAUGAGGGAGGCAGCGGAGGCUAUAAUUGCCAUCUCAACAUCUAGCUUACAUGAUGAGCUUUUGGACAAUGCUACUUGUCACUCGCUUGUAGCUUCUCCAAGUGACACUCUCCGAUGGUUUGCAGAGGUGAUUUCUUCUCAUAAAGAUGAUAUCAGUGGAAGCACUGGUACACUUUUGAUGGGCAAGGAUGGUGGCUGUCAUGAGGAGUUUGUUCCUGAAGGGAUUGAUUUCUUUGAGUACAUGACAUUGAAGUUGACAGAAACAAAGGUAGAAGAGUACUGCUGCUGUCAGCCCGAGACUUUGGAAAUCCAAAAUGAUGAAAAACCAUUGCCGAGGCAGCCACGGAGAGGUCAAGCAAGGAGGGGUCGACAAAGGAGGGACUUCCAAAGAGAUGUACUGCCUGGUCUUGUUUCUCUGUCAAAACAUGAAGUGGUCGAGGAUCUUCAGACAAUUGAAGGGUUGAUGAAAGCAAGUGGCUGCAUUUGGCAGUCAGGUUUUGCGCAGAAGAACGACAAAAAGGGUGGUGGGGGGAGGGGGAGGAGGCGUUCAAGAGGUUCUGCUCCCUCUGUGACAGUGAGUGCAGUUUGCACACCCCAAAUACAGCAAUCUAAUCAUAAGGAAGUGGGAUUGGAGGAGAAAAGCCUUACGGGGUGGGGAAAGCGGACAAGGCGUCCACCACGACAAAGAUGUUCAGUUGCUAAUUAUUCCCACACAUUGAAAUAAUCAGAGAGGCCUUGAUAUGUGACCUGGGAAUUUUGAGGAUGAGUUGGAGCAAGCUUGACGGUCAAAGCAAUGAUGAUUGUGUUGUACAUUACUACAUAUUUUCUUGGUCCUACUUUUGGGCUCAUUUUUAUUUUGGAAUCCUGAGUGGACUUGUACAAGGUAUCAUGUAAGUAAUGUUACAUUGCUCCUGACAUAAACAAGCUUUUCUUCAGCCAUGAGACUGAUAUAAAUGAAAGGGAUGGAUGGCCUUGAAAGUAGAAA